CCAAAAUGGCUCCUGGUUUACUGCCUACACAGUCCUGUUUCCUGGGGAGGGGAAAGAAGGGUUUUUCCCUUAUUUUAGGAGGCACCGUCACCGAAACCGAUGUCUUAAAUUCAGUUGAUCUGAAUUAAAUAUCAAGGAGUACAUUUUCAACCUCUCUACCAAAAGUAACAAGAUAUGUGUAUAUAAUAUCUCUCUCUAUAUUCUGCUCUUUGGAUUCCCAGCUUAUUGGUGUGGUGUCGUGGGUGCGGGGGCAGCCGGGACUGAGUUCUUGAAGAAACUAGAAAGCCAUUUACUGACUUCACUGUACAUGGUGCUGACAGAAGGUUUUUGCUACUAUACCAAAGUAGUCAAGAAAGGGAAUUGAAUUGCAUUGCUUGUGUAGGAAUGAAGAACACUGUCUGAUGUUGGGAUGCUAAGAUCAGAUAGAUUCUAGAAGUCCAGAUAGCUCAUCUGUCAGUUCUCAGGCAAUUCAACAUUCACCACCUCUGCCACCACACCCCAUUUCAGGUCUUGGGCCUGCAGCCAUGACUUCAUCAGUCAAUUCUCCUAUCAGCAGCCUUGGAUCCCCUUUCCCUGUUAUCAGCUCCUCCAUGGGCUCUCCAAGUAUGCCAGGGACACCUUCCAUAGGCUAUGGGCCAAUCAGCAGUCCUCAGAUAAAUUCAACAGUGAGCCUUUCUGGACAUCAUGCUGUUAGCAGCUCAGAUGAUGUGAAGCCCCCAUUUGGCCUUAAGAGUAUGUCCUCACAUAGCCCUGGUCCUGUGAUGUCACAGAAAAGACUCUGUGCUAUUUGUGGUGAUAGAUCUUCUGGCAAGCAUUAUGGUGUCUACAGCUGUGAAGGCUGCAAAGGAUUUUUUAAACGCACUGUUCGCAAAGACUUGACUUACACCUGUCGUGACAAUAAGGAUUGCCUAGUGGAUAAGAGACAACGGAACCGUUGCCAGUACUGUCGUUACCAGAAGUGCCUUGCAAUGGGCAUGAAAAGAGAAGUUGUUCAAGAUGAGCGCCAGCGCUCGGUGCAAGAGGAGCGGCAGCGUAACAAGGAUAAAGAUGGUGAAGUCGAAUCAACAAGUGGAGUCAAUGAAGAAAUGCCAGUUGAAAAGAUCCUGGAUGCAGAAAUGGCUGUGGAACAGAAGACUGAGCUGCAUGUGGACGGCUCUGCCGGCACGGGCAACUCGCCAAAUGAUCCUGUUACAAAUAUCUGUCAGGCUGCAGAUAAGCAGCUUUUUACGUUGGUUGAGUGGGCCAAAAGGAUUCCACAUUUUUCUGAACUGCCAUUAGAUGACCAGGUUAUACUACUUAGGGCAGGAUGGAAUGAGCUGCUAAUUGCCUCCUUUUCCCAUCGCUCCAUUUCAGUGAAAGAUGGUAUCCUGCUGGCAACAGGGCUACACGUGCAUAGAAAUAGUGCACACAGUGCAGGAGUGGGAGCAAUAUUUGAUAGAGUGUUGACAGAGUUGGUUUCAAAGAUGAGAGACAUGCAAAUGGAUAAGACAGAGCUUGGCUGUCUUCGGGCAAUUAUUCUUUUCAACCCAGAUGCAAAGGGCUUGUCAAACCCAGGAGAAGUGGAAUUACUCAGGGAGAAGGUUUAUGCAUCUUUGGAAGCCUACUGCAAGCAGAGAUAUCCUGACCAACAGGGAAGGUUUGCCAAACUUCUUCUUCGACUGCCAGCACUACGCUCCAUUGGUUUAAAAUGCUUGGAGCACUUGUUCUUCUUCAAACUAAUUGGAGACACUCCCAUUGACACCUUCCUCAUGGAGAUGCUGGAAGCCCCUCACCAGUUAACGUAGGAAAAAGCAAGCGUGAAUUAUGCAAUUUCUAGCCACCAUAAGGAGGAGUGAAGAAUCAUAAUGUACUGUUUGGAAUGGUUGUUUUUGGGGGUCACAUUGCCAUAUUGGCGAGGGUUGGGUUCUUUAGUUGUGGAACAGAUCUAUGAAUUUGACAUCAAAAUUGAUCAUCUGAAGGCCUUUUUUUACCCUUGGAAAACAAAAUUCUUAUAUUCUUUUUUUAGCUGUUGCUCAGCUGUCCUUUUCCUUAAACCAUUGUGCAUGAAAAAAGAAUUCAGUCGUGCAUAUAAAGGAACUGAAGAUUUUAUCUUGAUGAAUCCCAAACACCGCACCAAUAUUCCGAUUAGGGUAAAAGAAUUUUCAUUGACAAAAUGAGUGCAAACUCUGUGAUUCAUGCUGAUACUACAUCAGAUUUCAAUUAACAAAAUAAAUGUGUGUAUGUAUGUGUGCGUGUGUUUGUAUAUAUCAA